GGUCUAGAAAAGUAAAUGCUUUACUUUUCAAACAACCCCUUUGAAAGCUAAUAUGGAAUCUACUGUAGAAAUGUGAAAUUAAACGAACACUUAUAAGGUUUAGAGAUCAGAAAUGUGUUAUUGAUGGCACCAGAAACUACGUGUUAGGCUGGCAGUGCGCUUUGCAACAGUUGCAUGGUAAAUCUUGCUGCAAGGCAUUGUUCAGUCAACUAAAGAUCAAUUUCUAUAUAUUCUCAACUCUGCAUCCCAGGAGCUGUUAGGCAUUUGGAGUGCAGGGGUGUACUGUGUAGCAGGUGAAUUCUGGACUUAAAACAUCUAUUCCAUGCAGGAUGAUCAGACUGGAAUAGAUCCUAAAUUACAUUUUUGUAUGUCGUUUUUUAAGUACCUGGAUGUUGAACUUCACCCCUUGUAUUUAACUCCGUUUUGUGCCUGGCGUCUGACAGUCUUGAUUCUUUUUAUUGUAAGGAAAUGCGGCACUGAAAAAUGGGGGACUGGAACUUGCUCGGCAGCAUCUUGGAAGAAGUCCACAUUCACUCUACCAUAGUGGGGAAAAUAUGGCUGACCAUCCUCUUCAUAUUCCGGAUGCUGGUUCUGGGAGUGGCGGCUGAAGAUGUCUGGGACGACGAGCAGAGCGAAUUCAUUUGCAACACGCAGCAGCCCGGGUGCAGAAACGUCUGCUAUGACAAGGCUUUCCCCAUUUCCCUGAUACGGUACUGGGUACUGCAGAUCAUCUUUGUCUCUUCGCCCUCCCUGGUGUACAUGGGUCACGCACUCUACCGGCUGAGAGCGCUGGAGAAGGAAAGGCAGAAAAAAAAGGCUCAGCUGAGGGCUGAACUGGAGGAGAUUGAACCUCUUCUGGAGGAGCACAAAAGACUGGAGAGAGAACUGAGAAAGUUGGAAGAGCAGAAGAAAGUCAACAAAGCACCUCUAAGGGGCUCCUUGUUACGGACGUAUGUUAUCCAUAUCCUAACAAGGUCAGUGGUCGAAGUUGGCUUUAUGGUGGGCCAAUACGUCUUGUACGGAAUCCAGCUGGAUCCGUUGUAUCAAUGCGAAAGGAUGCCAUGCCCAAACGCGGUGGAUUGUUUCGUUUCCAGGCCGACCGAAAAAACCGUUUUCAUGGUUUUUAUGAUUAGCAUUGCUGCGGUUUCGCUGUCUCUGAACCUUCUUGAAAUUUCCCACCUGGGAGUGAAAAAAAUCAAGCAAAGUCUCUACGGGAUCGACGGGAAGCAAGGCGCCGACGAAGACAGCGUUUGCAAAUCCAAGAAAAACUCUAUGGUCCAGCAAGUGUGCGUACUCACGAACUCUUCGCCACACAAAGUGAUGCCAUUGACGCAGACAACGUACAAAAUCCUUCAGGAGGGACAGCUGGAACCCCUGCCCAUUUACAUGCCCUCGGCUGGAUUUAAAACGUUGAAUGGGCCCAGUGACGCCAACAACGAGGUUUUGAGAAACAACAACAACUGCGGGGGCCGAGACCAGGCGGACGGCCCCGAACCGCAGCCAAGGCACUUCCGAGAAGCCAGUCACGGAGACCUCCGCGCUCAACACCAGGAGAAAACUUCGGAAAGCCGCAAUACUUUAGAAAACCGGGACCACUCGUGCAGCAGUGAUGACUCCAAUAGCAGGUUCCACCAUAACGGCAUGUGUCCCAAGAACUACAACCUUUCCAAGCACGGCGCCCCCUCUGCCAAGGCUUCUUUCCAGUCGAGCCAGCUGGAAAUCCCCGCCGCUGUGCGCAACGCGCUGCGCAUCCAGAGCCGGGUGAGCUGCGGCAAGGACUACAGCGAGGACCGGAGCGAUUCUCCGGACAGCGGGCACUACCCUUCCACCAGGAAGGCGAGUUUUAUGUCCAGGGUGGUGUCGGAGAGCAAGCUGGCGAGUCGGUCCGCCAGCCCCGACUCCAGAAGCGGCUCUGGAUCCGAAUCCAAGCGGCUGGGAAAAGGAGAAAGCCCACCGAUCACCCCUCCUCCGUCGGGGAGGAGAAUGUCCAUGAGCAUGAUCUUGGAGCUUUCAUCCAUCAUGAAGAAAUAAAAAUUGAAAACUGAAGAAUGAAGGCGUACAACAGUGCUACAGUUGUUGAACAGGGCUCACCAGGAGACCUCCCUGAAACACCUUACAUUGUUCACAAUUGCAUUUUCAUAAAUUAACACUUUGCUUUCUGCUGAGUUCAAAGGCUGUACUAAGGGUGAAAAAUGCUGGCAAGUCUAUGUAGUGCUAUUAAUGCCUGUUUUUCUAACUUAGAUUUUUCUUCCAUAUACAGUAAAUAUUUAAAGCACUUUAUAAUGAUCGCAUUUCUGUUUAUUGUAAACUUGAUUUCUACCUAUUUUAACCUGGGAGGUUGCUUAUCAUAGCAAAGGAAGAAACUGGCAGAAACGAGACACUAAUAUGCUCUUUGUAUAACUUGCUGGACAAAAUAACCUUAAUUUUCACCCUUCCGAUUCAGCAGCAAACGAGAGGCAAGCUUAUCUGAAGUUUUCACACUACAAGAAGCUGCUUCUUGCUUGGUAAUAGGAAGAAUGUUUUAGAAAUGAGUACUAAAUGAAGCAGUUACAGAAAUGCUGAUUGAAUGCUGCUCUUAUAUUCAUCAAUGACUAUGUUAAGAUACUGUAUAGUCCUGCUUCCUUGCUUCCUGGAAGUAAACUAGCCAACAGUGAAGUACUGUAUUCAGAAUAAAUCGCGAUUACAGGAGAGUUAGAAUUGCUGGGCAAGUUAGAAGCAGCCUAGAAAAUUGCACAGGUGUAAAUUACUGAUUUGAGAAAUAGAACAUUUCUAUUGCAUGUUAUUGUGAAAUUUAAGUUUAAGGGCUUUUUCUUCCAGUUUCCUUGUUAGAAGACAGAAAUGAAACCACCUAAUAUCUUGGGAUGUUGUUGAUCAAACUUGAGUUUUACAGAACGUAAGUCUGGAAGGUUCUUUUUAGUGGGCAGUUUGAAGUGCAUUCAUUUAUGUGAUUUUAUGCAGAUUUAUGCAGAAGAGAAACCAGCCAGUACCAGCUGAGAAGAGUGAUCCACAUGCUCUGUAUAUAAAUUAUAUAACAUUGCCAUGUGGCUCUUACUAGUAACAUUUUAGCACUUUCAGACUUUUUAAACAAGUUUAUCCAUUCUAAUAUCAUAAUUACAAAGUAAUGUAUGUCCUCUUUACUUACCAAGUACUAUUGCAGCUUUUCUGUAAUAAAAAUACAAAUUUUGUGUUAAAAUCAAAGUAAUCAGUGCACUCAGUAGGAGAAAUGUUAAAAUAUGUUGUCCCUUUCUUUACAAUAGAUAGUUAAACAUGAAAAAAAAAUGAAUAUAAGUAACCCACACUUUAUUUCUUUAAAAGUAUUUUGAUGUCAGGGAAAUUAAAACUACAGAAAAUGGAACUGUAGCAAAAUUCCAAUCAUGGCCAAUUUCAAGUUUUUUUUGUCAAAUGGCAUGUUUAAAUGGAGUGUUCUAAAAAAAUAAAGAAAAAAAUAAUGCAUGGUAGUUGAAAAACGGUUCAUAACAUAUAGAUACUUUAAGGCACAUAUAUUUGACAUCCCUUUGUAAGUUUCUUUGUCAUACACUGCUUUAUUCUCUAGAUUGAGGUAAUUAUGAAUCUUUCCUUUCUAGAAUCAUUAUGAAUUAAAAUUAAGGAAAAAAUGUUCUGAUUUAUUGACCUUAAAAUAAAAAAUAAAAAUCUUUUGACAAUCAAUUGAAUAGAUAUAAUGAAAGCCUUAGGUUAAGAACCAGUAGAUAAUGCAGGUUCUUUAAAGGGGCGUUUUAAUAACAUUCAUAGCUUUGUAGGAAUAUGCCAUUGGAGGCUGAGAUAUUAUAAGUAUCAAAAACAAGAUUAAAAUCAUGUUUCAUUUAAAUCAUAACUUGGGGAAAUUAAAUGCCUUGUAUUUGGAAACAGAAGAAAGUGGAAAGAUCUUGCAAAAUGUUUUCAAUAUUGUCAUGUCAGUCAUCGGAUCUAAAUAAAGCAAAAUACCCUGCAGACAAAACGUUGAUAAUUUUCUUAACUUUCAUCUGGA